AUGGGAGCUAUACACACUCAAGAUCAAGUUCAAGUUCGGUUUAAGCCUAAUGACUUUAGGCCCGUUGACGUCGACUUAUGCACGACACCUGUGACUUCACCCUCCAGGAACGACAAGUCACCUUCCAGGAACGACAAGUCACCCUCCAGGAACGACAAGUCACCUUCCAGGAACGGCAAGUCACCCUCUAGGAACGACAAGUUACCUUCCAGGAACGACAAGUCACCUUCCAGGAACGACAAGUCACCCUCCAGGAACGACAAGUCACCCUCCAGGAACGACAAGUCACCUUCCAGGAACGGCAAGUCACCUUCCAGGAACGACAAGUCACCCUCCAGGAACGACAAGUCACCCUCCAGGAACGACAAGUCACCUUCCAGGAACGACAAGUCACCCCUCCAGGAACGACAAGUCACCUUCCAGGAACGACAAGUCACCUUCCAGGAACGACAAGUCACCCUCCAGGAACGACAAGUCACCUUCCAGGAACGACAAGUCACCCUCCAGGAACGACAAUUCACCUUCCAGGAACGGCAAGUCACCUUCCAGGAACGACAAGUCACCCUCCAGGAACGACAAGCCACCCCUCCAGGAACGACAAGUCACCUUCCAGGAACGACAAGUCACCCUCCAGGAACGACAAUUCACCUUCCAGGAACGGCAAGUCACCUUCCAGGAACGACAAGUCACCCUCCAGGAACGACAAGUCACCCCUCCAGGAACGACAAGUCACCUUCCAGGAACGACAAGUCACCUUUUAGGAACGACAAGUCACCCUCCAGGAACGACAAGUCACCCCUCCAGGAACGACAAGUCACCUUCCAGGAACGACAAGUCACCUUCCAGGAACGACAAGUCACCCCUCCAGGAACGACAAGUCACCUUCCAGGAACGACAAGUCACCUUCCAGGAACGACAAGUCACCUUCCAGGAACGACAAGUCACCCCUCCAGGAACGACAAGUCACCCCUCCAGGAACGACAAUUCACCUUCCAGGAACGACAAGUCACCCUCCAGGAACGACAAUUCACCUUCCAGGAACGACAAGUCACCCUCCAGGAACAUCUACCCAAAAUAACAUUACCGUACUGA